UGAGCCGUUUAACAAACUGGAUAGCUGCGCGCAUGUGUAACUGACUUUUUUUAGUCAAACAAAUUUCAGUUUUUAAACUUUUUGUUUGUUUUCACUUUUUUGUUUUAUUUCUUUUUCAUUUUACGAAUUAUUUUACAAUUUUAUUCGUAUUAUGUUUAAAUUUGAGUUUCAAAACUAACCGAUAGAUUUUGUUUAAAAAAACAACAUAGAGAAAUUUUUAUAACAAAAACGGUUCAACGAAAGAAGUGUUAGCUCGUGUAGUGGAAAACAAGCCGAAUCGUACCGUGUCGUAUUCUAGUGCAAGGAAGAGAGAAAUUGAAUUGGCUGUGAAGCCAGGUGACAUAAAGUACAUUGAAAAUUGUGUGAAUUCGUAGUUUGUGGUGACAAUUUUAAAGUUUCAAUGAUUUGCCUUGCUAAAAUUGAGGUGCGGUGAAAUAUGAAUGAAAACGAUGAAAUGGAUUACUUGAACAACGGACAAUCGUCGGCAAUCGUGAGUUGGAUUUUAUGCGAAUAAUUUUCAACCAUUGAUUUGUUUGAUGUUGUUUCAACCGUACAGUGAAUGAAACGGAAUUCGUUUUUUUUUAUUUGUGAAACUAACAUUCCAAAGUGCAUCAUUUCAAAAGGAAGAAGGAGAGAGAAAACAAGUUGCAGCGUAUAUUUUAUAUACGCUAAAUUGAAAACAAUUUAAAGUGAACGAUAAACAGUGUGGACAAAUGUAAACGAAGGAUUAAUAUAAUAAUAAAUAUUAUUAAACGAUAUAAUUUAUAGUUUUUUUGAAGAAAAAAAAGCCAGAAAAAUUAGCGCAGCAAAACAGAUAUCGGAAAAGAAACGAAAAACGAUCAAAAACAACCACACAAAAAGAGAAUUCUUUUCUUGCGAACCGUGCUUUUGAAAAACAAAGUGGCUCAAAAUGUGGUUAACAAACAGGCUAUUUGACAAAAUGGAUAUUUGGAUUAAAUUAUUUGUCUGUACGAUUUUACUUUGUGGAUUAAUCUCUGGAACGGAAGGAUUUACAUCGUGUGCUCCAUCUCCAUGCAAAAAUGGUGGUCAGUGCAUAUCGAAACCAAAAGGCGAAUCUUAUUGCAACUGUACAACUAGAUAUGUCGGUGAAUUUUGUGAACAUUUGAAUCCAUGCCACACAAGCUCUGGACCAAGAUGUCAAAAUGGUGGUAUGUGUGAAGUUGAUUACACAAGUGCAGUGCCUACAUUCAAAUGUCGGUGUCCAAUCGGUUUCACUGCUUCGCUCUGUGAAAUUUCGGAACGCAACGCUUGCGAUUCGGGACCUUGUCAAAACGGUGGUGCAUGCCAUUUGAAAUCACUUCAAGAUUACGUAUGUUCAUGUGCUCAGGGAUAUACUGGCAAAUAUUGUGAAAAACAAAACUUGUGCGCAUCAUCGCCGUGCAACAAUGGUGGUACAUGUAUUUCGUUGCCUGGUGGCGAUUUCAAAUGUCAUUGUCCAAAAGGAUUCCAAGGAAAAACAUGUUCCGAAGACGUUGAAGAGUGUAAUACAAAACCAUGUCAGCAUGGUGGAACUUGUCAUAAUACACUUGGAUCUUACCAAUGUUCUUGCGUAGCUGGAUACACCGGAAAAAAUUGUGAGUCAAAGUAUAUUCCAUGUGCACCGUCGCCAUGCCAAAAUGGAGGUACAUGCAAAUCACUAGGCCACUAUGCCUACGAAUGUAAAUGCCCACCAGGUUUUCAAGGUGUCAAUUGCGAACAAAACAUUGACGAUUGUCCCGGAAAUUUAUGUCAAAACGGCGGACAAUGUGUUGACGGCGUAAAUUCGUAUCGUUGUAAAUGUUCACCAAAUUAUACGGGCGAAUAUUGCGAGAAUGACAUUGAUGAGUGUCUUACACGGCCAUCAGUUUGUCAAAAUGGUGCCACUUGCACAAACACGAAUGGCGGUUAUUCUUGUAUUUGCGUAAAUGGAUGGACGGGUCCUGAUUGCAGUGAGAAUAUUGACGAUUGUGCUGAUGCAGCCUGUUUCAAUGGCGCUACCUGUAUCGAUGGUGUUGGCAGUUUUUAUUGUCGUUGUAUUCCGGGCAAAACAGGUUUAUUGUGCCAUUUGGACGAUGCUUGUACAUCGAAUCCUUGUCAUGCUGAUGCUAUUUGCGAUACAAGCCCAGUCAAUGGAUCAUACACUUGCUCCUGUGCAUCGGGCUAUAAAGGAGUCAAUUGUACUGAAGACAUUGAUGAAUGCGUUCAAGGAUCACCGUGCGAACAUAAUGGUAUUUGUGUCAAUACGCCCGGUUCAUUUGCGUGCAAUUGUUCACAAGGCUUUACGGGACCACGCUGUGAAACCAAUGUUAACGAAUGCGAGAGUCAUCCAUGCCAAAACGAUGGCAGUUGCCUAGAUGAUCCAGGAACAUUCCGAUGCGUGUGCAUGCCAGGCUUUACUGGAACCCAAUGUGAAAUCAACAUUAAUGAAUGCGAAAACUCGCCAUGUUUGAAUGGCGGCAGUUGUAUGGAUAUGAUAAAUGGAUUUAAGUGUGUUUGUCCGAUUGGAUUCAGUGGAUCUCGUUGUCAAACCAAUAUCGACGAUUGCAUGUCUCAACCGUGCCGGAACAAUGGAAUUUGUCAUGAUUCGAUCGCAAGUUAUACGUGCGAAUGCCCUCCUGGUUAUACUGGAUUCUCAUGCGAAACGAACAUCAACGAUUGCCAAUCAUCACCAUGCUACCGUGGUACAUGCAUUGACGGCGACAACUCAUUUACAUGCCAAUGCAAUCCAGGCUAUACGGGCGAAUUGUGUCAAACCCAGAUCAAUGAAUGCGAAUCAAAUCCUUGCCAAUUUGAAGGUCAUUGCGAAGAUCUCGUUGGUGGUUAUCGAUGUCGUUGUAAACCGGGAACAUCUGGCGAAAAUUGUGAGGUCAAUGUAAACGAAUGCCAUUCAAAUCCUUGUCGCAAUGGAGCAACAUGCAUCGAUGGAAUCAAUAGAUAUACUUGUAAAUGUGUUCCUGGUUUUACGGGUGCACAUUGUGAAAUAAAUAUCGAUGAAUGCGCGUCAAAUCCGUGCGCAAACAAUGGUGUUUGUAUGGAUUUGAUCAACGGUUUCAAAUGUGAAUGUCCCAGAGGCUAUUAUGAUGCUCGUUGCUUAAGCGAUGUCGAUGAAUGUGCAUCAAAUCCUUGUGUUAAUGGCGGCCGUUGUGAAGACGGUGUGAAUCAAUUCAUUUGUCAAUGCCCUUCGGGCUAUGGCGGAAAACGAUGCGAAAAAGAUAUAGAUGAAUGCGAUUCAAACCCUUGUCAACACGGUGGCAUUUGUAUCGACGGUUUGAAUUCGUACACUUGCAACUGUAUGCCUGGUUAUACUGGUGAAAAUUGUGAAACAAACAUCGACGAUUGCGUUGCUCAGCCGUGUCGCAAUCAGGGUUCAUGUAUCGAUUUGGUGAAUGGCUACAAAUGUGUUUGCAAGAUACCAUACACCGGUAGAAAUUGUGACUACAAAAUGGACCCAUGCCAUCCAAAUCAAUCGAUCCAUCCAAAUCGUUGCCAUAAUGGUGCAAAAUGUACGCCUAGCUCGAAUUAUCAAGAUUUCUCAUGUACUUGCCCCCUCGGCUAUACCGGACGUCUUUGCGAUCAAGACAUAAACGAAUGUGCAUUGCAAUCGCCUUGCCGCAAUGGAGCUACUUGCAAAAAUGUACCCGGUUCAUAUCAAUGUUUGUGCGCUGAAGGUUACGAAGGCAGAGACUGUACCAUCAAUACCGACGACUGCGCUUCUUUUCCAUGCUCCAACGGUGGAACUUGUUUGGACGGAAUUGGUGACUUCACUUGCUUGUGUUUGGAUGGAUUUGAAGGGAAACACUGUGAAAUCGACAUCGAUGAAUGUGCAUCAAAUCCUUGCCGUAACGGGGCUACAUGCAAUCAGUAUGUAAACUCAUACACAUGCCGAUGCCCACUUGGUUUUUCGGGAAUGAAUUGUCAGACGAACGACGAAGAUUGUACGGAAAGUAGUUGCAUGAACAAAGGAACUUGUAUUGAUGGUAUCAAUUCGUACAAUUGCUCGUGCUCAGCUGGUUAUACCGGAUCGAAUUGCCAAUAUAAAAUAAACAAAUGCGAUUCCCAGCCUUGCCGCAAUGGUGCAACAUGUACCGAUCACAAUAACGACUAUUCAUGUCAUUGUGCAUAUGGAUUCACUGGCAAAGACUGUACGGAAUAUGUUGACUGGUGUUCACAAAAUCCUUGUGAAAAUGGCGCAUCUUGUUCACAACGUGAAAACACUUAUAAAUGCAGUUGUUUAUCAGGCUGGACCGGAAAAUUGUGUGACGUCGAAAUGGUUUCAUGCAAAGAUGCUGCCAUUCGCAAGGGUGUCAAUGUAAAAGAAUUGUGUAACAAUGGAACAUGUGAAAACUUUGGCAAUUCGCACAAAUGUCAUUGUCAUUUGGGCUACACCGGAUCGUAUUGUCAAAAGGAAAUCAACGAAUGUGAAUCGCAGCCAUGCCAGAAUGGAGGAACAUGCAAAGAUUUAAUUGGUUUCUAUCAAUGUAUUUGUCGUCGUGGAUUCCAAGGACAAAAUUGUGAACUAAAUAUUGACGACUGCAGGCCGAUGCCCUGCCGCAACGGUGGAACAUGCCAUGACCUUGUCAAUGGUUGUAGUUGCUCAUGCCCGCCGGGAACACUUGGUAUGUACUGUGAAGUGAAUAUCGAUGAUUGCGUUUCUGGCGCCUGUCACAACAAUGGAACUUGUAUCGAUAAAGUUGGCGGCUACGAUUGCCUUUGUCCACCUGGAUUUGUUGGAUCACGGUGUGAGGGUGAUAUCAACGAAUGCUUGUCGAAUCCUUGCUCAAGCGAGGGUACACUCGAUUGUAUUCAAUUGGUUAAUAACUAUCAUUGCAACUGUAAACCGGGCUAUAUGGGACAUCAUUGCGAGAUUAAAAUCGACUUUUGCGCGACCGCGCCUUGCCAAAACGGAGGAUUGUGUUCGGCUCGUGCUGGUGGAUAUCAUUGCGAGUGUUCGGAAGGCUGGUAUGGAAAAUUCUGCGAAAAUUCAGGCCAUGAUUGUGACGCAAGUCCAUGUGUUGUUGGCAACUGUGAAGUUGUGAUUGGUGGUGGCUAUCGUUGCAUUUGUCCAGUUGGAACAAGCGGUGAAAACUGUGAAAUCGACACAUUCGAUGAAUGUAAUCCGAAUCCAUGUAAACGGGGUGCUGCUUGCGAAAAUAAACUCGGCGAUUUCAUGUGCUAUUGCCCAGCAAAAUGGUCAGGAAAAACAUGUAACGAAUUUGAUCCAUCAUACAAGGGCUGGAUUCCAAGUGGCGGAAUGUUACUUGAUUUGGAACAUCAACGAGAACAAUGUAAUAAGAAAGGUUGCGGUUCAAAGAGAGGAAAUCGUAAAUGUGAUGAAGAAUGUAAUACAUAUGCGUGCGACUUCGAUGGCAAUGAUUGUACACUUGGCGUCAAUCCAUGGGCCAAUUGUACGGCAACAACGGUCAAUUGUUGGGAAGUAUUUGGAAAUGGUGUUUGCAAUGAUGAGUGUAACAAUCAGCAUUGCUUGUUCGAUGGUCGUGAUUGUGAUAAGCGAUUGAGACCAUGUGCAUUCGACGCUUAUUGUGCUGAAAAUUAUGCAAACGGUGUUUGUGACCAAAUGUGUAAUUCGGCUGAAUGUAAUUGGGAUGGAUUGGAUUGUGACAAACUUAACACCCCAAAAUUGGCUACGGGCAUGAUUUCAGCGAUUUUCUUAAUGAGCGAAUCAGAAUUCAAAGAACGUUCGAUUCAAUUCUUGCGAGAUAUGGGCCAUCAAUUGAGAACAAAUUUACGCAUUAAAAAAGAUAAUUUGGGCAACGACAUGAUUUAUUCAUGGCAUGGUGAUAUCGAUGAAAUGCAAACAUUUUCGAAGAAAGCCAUUCAAGUCUUUAUGGAAAUCGAUAAUAGCCGUUGUCAAGCCAUUUUGGGAGCGGAAUGUUUUGAGACUGCACAAGAUGCGGCCGGUUUCAUUGGAGCCAGUGCACGUGUUAUGUCAAAUCCAGAUUUCAGACUCUACAAAGUGCGCGGUGUAAAUAGCCCAGAUGAACCCAUGGGCCCACCGGCUAAUGGAAAAUAUGUAGCAUUGGGCGCAUUCACUAUUAUAUUGGCAAGCUUCUUGCUCGGUAUUAUGAUUACAGCGAAACGAAAGCGAGCUUAUGGUCAAAUUUGGCGUCCAGAAGGAUUUUUCACAACAUCAUCGCGUAGUGGACAACGUCGUGGACCGGAUGGCCAAGAAAUGCGAAAUCUGAAUAAAAACUCAUCAUUGGCUUGCAUUGAUGCCAGUACAAAUGGUCAAAUGGGCCAUUCACAUCAGUGGUCAGACGAUGAAUCUCAAGUACCGAAGCGAGGCCGAUACGAAUACGAUCAUACAACAUCUACCGAUUAUGAAGAGCCAAACAAUAGAUGCUGGACCCAACAACACUUUGAAGCAGCUGCCAUUCGUAUUCCGGCAUCGAUUAUGACACCACCAUCACACCAUGAAAAGCACGAUGUUGAUGCACGUGGUCCAUGUGGAAUGACACCAUUGAUGGUUGCCGCUUCACAGGGUGUUGGUGUUGAUUUGGUGGGUGAGCUAAACGAAGAUGAAAGCACCGUUCAAGCAAUAUCGGAACUAUUGGCACAAGGCGCUGAAUUGAAUGCCACAAUGGAUAAAACUGGUGAAACGUCACUGCAUCUAUCGGCUCGUUAUCAACGUGCAGAUGCAGCAAAACGUUUAUUGGACGCCGGAGCUGAUGCAAAUUGUCAAGAUGCUACUGGCCGUACACCAUUGCAUACAGCAAUUGCCGCUGACGCUAUUGGUGUAUUCCAAAUACUAUUGCGUAAUCGAGCCACAAACCUUAACUCACGAAUGCAUGACGGAACGACUCCAUUGAUUUUGGCCGCACGUUUGGCUAUCGAAGGUAUGGUUGAAGAUCUCAUUACGGCCGAAGCAGACAUAAAUGCAGCCGAUAAUAGUGGUAAAACGGCUCUGCAUUGGGCCGCCGCCGUUAAUAACGUAGAUGCUGUGAAUAUUUUGCUAAUGCACCAUGCCAAUCGUGAUGCACAAGAUGAAAAAGAUGAAACACCACUGUUUUUAGCCGCUCGCGAAGGAUCACUCGAAGCAUGUAAAGCUCUAUUGGAUAAUUUUGCUAAUCGUGAAAUUACCGAUCACAUGGAUCGUUCACCGCGUGACGUUGCAUGCGAACGACAACAUAAUGAUAUUGUACGACUAUUGGACGAACAUGUACCACGCAGUCCUCAAAUGAUGCCAAUUAUGCAAAACACUGUUGUCAAUUCACCACCAUGCCAAUCGCAAUUGGUUAGCCAACCAACCGUUAUUCCAAACAGUGGAAAACAGAAUAAACCACAAAAGAAGAAACAACAAAAAGCGUCCGCAUCAAAUAACAACAAUAAUCCAAACAGUCCAGACGAUGAAACAACGUUGAAACGUAAAUCAACGGCCAAAAAGACUUCAACAUCAACAAAGAAAACAAAUGCACAGCCAGUUUUGCCCGAUAUUCAACUAUCGUCGGAUGGUGUGUUCAGCACUGAAGAUUCUCCAGUCGCUAGUUUGCCAAGUCCUAUACAAUAUGAUACAGCCAGUCUUUAUUCGAAUGCAUUAGCUCAUCACGGCAUUGAUGUGAUGACACCUAAACAACCUCCAAGCUAUGAUGAUUGCAUCAAGAAUGCUCAGUCAAUGCAAUCGUUGCACAAUAUCAAUUUCGAUAAUUACGGUUACACAAUGGGUUCACCAUUCCCAGAUCUCAUGAACACACAACGAAGUGUUCCAAAUGUCAAUAAUAUGGGUGAUCAAGGAUUAAGUCCACCAUACUCGAAUCAAUCGCCACCAUAUUCGGUGCAAAGUAAUAUGGCUCUUUCACCACAAGGCUAUAUUGAUUCGCCAUCACCGGCAAAGAAUCGUCCAUGUUUGCCAACAUCUCCAACGCACAUUCAAGCGAUGAGACAUGCAACACAACAGAAACACGGUGCUCAAUUACAUGCUCUCAACAGUACCGGGUCGUCGGUCCAAUCACCGCUCAGUAGUUCAUCAUCGCAUUGUUCAAACAGUCCCCAUAGUCAAUCUCAGCUGCAACACAUGCAACAACAGCAAUUGCAAAUGCAAGCUCAACAGCAACAGCAGCAGCAACAGCAGCAGCAACAGCAACAGCAACAACAACAGCAACAGCAGCAACAGCAACAACAGCAACAACAACAACAGCAGCAACAACAACAGGCUCAACAGUCUCAAAUGCAACAACAGCAGCAUGACUUUCUUCAACAAUUACAACAACAAACACAGCCCCAAGUGUCACAACCACAGCAAGACCAAAAUCAAGCGUCCAGCACACAACAACAAAAUGAUGGAUCGAACAAUGGUGCAAUAAUGGAUUUUGAAUACGAAUUGAGCAUGGCCGAAAUAGCUAGCUAUUGCAGCAUUACAGGUCAAAUGAAUCAUGGUUCGAUGUCACAGCACACAAAUUCCACGCAAUCAUCGCCACAUUCGCAACAAAAUUAUUAUCAAUAUUUGACGCCGCCAAGUCAACAUUCCGGCGGAAUAACGCCACAACAUAUGACCCAUACACUCGAUAGCUUCCCGACACCAUCACCCGAAUCGCCGGGCCAUUGGUCAAGCUCAUCGCCGCACUCAAAUUCUGAUUGGUCCGAAGGCAUCAAUUCGCCUCCGGCAAAUAAUAUGAAUUAUAUGGCAAACACAGGUGGCAAUCAAACAAACAAAGGAACUGAUGCGAUUUAUAUUUAAAUCAAUUAAAAUACGAAUACGAUUAGGAUAAUCAGAAAUUAUCAUUGAAAAAUUGUACAUAAGAUACGAUGUUUUUUAAAAAGAACAAUUUAUGAACUUUUUAUCUGAAUCUAUAGGCUAUUCAACACAUACGCAUGAAAAAACAAAAGACAAAAUAUCAAUUUAUUUUAUGUAAUUUUAAAUGCAUAUAAUUUCACUUUAAUUGCAAUUUUGUUUUUCUCAAAUCAACAGAAAAGUUGCAUAACUGUAAAACGAAGAAGAAUGGAAAAGAUAUUAUAUACAUACAUUCGACUCUUACGUAGACGAAGAAUUAUCGUUUUCAUAAUAGCAUAAUAUUUCGAGUUUUUAGAAAUUAGCCAAUCAAAACGAAAGAAGAUAACUAGGCUUUAUAACGUGUUAAUUAGUAUGGUGCCAUCGGUGCGCCGUUUUAUUAGACUUUUUUUUAAAUGAAAAAAGAAGUAAAAAAAUUUUUUGAUCAAAAUCUUUUCCCUUUUUCUUUGUUGAGCUUCUUUUUGAAAAGAAAAACUUUUAAAAAUUUUUUUUUAUCAUUCGACAAAACUAUUUGAUUUUAAACUAAAGACGAUUUGAUUAGAUAUAUUAAGAGUAUAGAAAAAAGCGUUGCUUUUUUACAUUUUAUUCAUUUUAUAAAAUCGACCGAUGUACUUUGUUGAAAAUUCGCCAGCAAAAACAAGGCGAACAUUUUGCAUUUAAAAAAAAAAUAAAAAUAAAACACACACAAACAUUUAGUUCUACAAAGUUACAAACGAUUCGAAUUAAUUGAUCUUAUAUAAACGUUACGAUUCGUGAUUUAUAUCAAAAUGCAUUCGGGUGGCAAACAAAAUUGCCCCCCUCACUAAUUAUUACUUUAAUUUCGAAUAAUUUAUGUUCAGUGUAAAUAAAAUACUAGCCGAAAUAAUACAGAAAUUAGAUGGAAAUAGAGUUCAAAGUCUAGAGAAUAAAUAAUAGUGAUUAGUUUUAUG